AACUCAGAAGAACGAAUAAUAUUAACGUUAAAAUUAUGGGAUAUAUUCGUCAGUUGCUGUCUUUAUAUUUACCUCUUACUUUUUCUACCUCAACAUCCUGGCAUGUUGUCAUAGAAACAAUCGCACCGUCAGUGUGUGGUUUUCCUGUUUCCUGUUUUUGGUGAGAGCUAAACAUGUUGUAACCUUAUUCUGUAUGCAAUGGAUGCUAUUUUUUUGUUACAUUUUACUGACAACAUAACAUAUACCUAACGAUUAUGCAAUUGUUUAAUGAGGAAGAAAAGGCAACAGUAAGAAUGGAUGUGCUUUUGUGGCCUUGCAUGGGUGAAAAGAUCAGGGUUGUACCUUAGAUCUUAGGCUUCACCCUGUGAUGCUGGCAACUAAUCCGAUGAUGAAAGCAGAUGCAGUCAUUUAUGUAGCGAUCUGCUGAGGACGUUGUUAUAAAUCAAGGAACGGAAAAUGGGCAAGUCUUGAAAAAGUCUUUCAGUUACUGCUUGACAAUAAGAAUUUUAUGUAGGCAUGGAGCGAGGGACCGGCUCCUGAGCUGGUCCGGCAGAGAGAGGCAAAGUGGCUGAACAUUAUCAUGCAGUGGGACCGCAUCCUGCUGAAAAGGACCCACAAGGUGAAAGAGCAGUGUCGAAAAGGUAUCCCAGCAUCCCUGAGGGCCCGAUGCUGGCCACUUCUCUGCCGUGCCACAGAGAGGAUGAAAGCAAAUGAAAAACUUUACAAGAAACUUGAUAAGGCACCUGCCCUGCAGAGCUGGGUGGAUGUGAUCGAGAGAGACAUCGACAGACAGUUCCCCUUCCAUGAGAUGUUUCUCUCCAGGGACGGCCACGGGCAACAAGGGCUUUUCCGGGUCCUGAAAGCAUAUACUCAGUUCAAGCCAGAAGAGGGUUACUGUCAAGGGCAAGGACCGGUAGCUGCGGUGCUUCUCAUGAACAUGCCUGCUGAGGAGGCUUUUUGGUGCCUAGUGCAAAUCAGUGAGCAGUAUCUACCAGGAUACUAUAGCCCUCUGCUGGAGGGAGUGCUCUUUGACGCAGGCAUCCUGAAUGGAGCGCUACGCAAGACAUGCCCUGCCGUUCACAAACACUUGAGGAAACACGGGGUGGAGCCACUUAUGUUCGCUACCGACUGGCUCAUGUGUCUCUACACUCGACACCUGCCCUUCAACACCCUGCUCAGGGUCUGGGACCUGUUCUUCUGCUACGGUGUGCGGGUGCUCUUCCAGGUAGCGGUGGUUUUGGUGCGUAGGACCUUGGGAAGGCAGGAGCAAAGGGAUGAAUGCGACGGGCAAAUGGAGACCCUGGAGAGACUCCGAAGUGUCAAGGACCGCAUCUCCACGGAGGAUGAUGCUUUCAUAGAGGAGGUGUGCUCAGUAGCAUUCUCAGGGAAGGACUUGGAGAGAGAGACCGAGAAGGAGAUGGAGAGGUGGAAGAAAGAGCGUCCAUCUUCGACCUUCAACCCUUGUGUUCGUUGCCACGGAUACCGGGCGGCUUGGGUUAAAGGGAGAGAGAAGGAGGAAGAGUGUCAGAGAAAGGAGCGAGAGAUCGGGAACCUCUCCGUACCCGUGUCGCGAUCUCCCUCCUCUCUUUCACCGUCAUUUCUUCGAAAGAAGUGGAGAAGAGGCAGCAAAGCAGAGAUGAGCGAAAAGGAGGGGAACGGUGGCGGCGAGGAAAACAAGUUGAAGGAGGUUGCUGAGCUAAAGGACAAGGAAGAGAUGGAAGCCAUAAAUAACGAUGGCAACCGAAGAAAUCCUUCAGAGUACAGCAGUGAAGAUGCGACACUCAACCAAAAGGGAACAAGGCAGGAAUCCUCACAAGCCACUGCAGAUUCAUCCGGCCAGAACCUGGAACUAUGCAGUAGUGCUGCAGAUCUCUCUCACUCCCAGAACACAUGCAGUCUUAGUGAAAUGCUAAGCAGUUGCGGUGGGGUGAGCACAGACUGUGCAUCUGAGGGUCAGGACAGUACGAACACAUCUGCAGCCCAGAUAGAGACCCCAGAAAACCAGACAGGGAAUAAUGCAGUCGCAAACCACAUGUCACAGCUCGUCUCCGUGCAGACAGGGUCCAUCUUCAGCGAGACGGAGAAUUCUUCAGCAGACCAGGGUGAACCACAAAAACCUCCGUGCGACAUGGUGGACGAAACUGCUGAAGCAACCAGAAAACUUUCUCAAGAAAGCUGUCAGUCAGAGCCAGAGGAGGCAAGGAAGCUCAUUUCCCCAAAUAGCUGCCCAGAGUCUGAUGCCAAAAAUGCUGGGAAAUUGAAUAACAACACUGAGGAAAAGCCAGAGGAAACAAAUGUUCAAAAUACUGAAGAACUAGAUGCGGGAGCAGAGGAAUGCAGUAAGAUGCAAGACGACUGUAGGCAAAACUUUGUAAAGGAAACAGGUACGCUGCUCGAAUAUUCAAGCGCAAACUCCCCAGAUCUAAAUGAAACCCGGCGGGAACAUGACCAGCCAGUUCAGCAUUCCCUCCAUCCUUCUGAAGAUACCAGUGGGAAUGUCACAAAGACUCCCGAGAUGACUGGCGAACCGUCAGCAGCAGAAAACACUGGGAAAGGUGACGGCUUAGACAUUCCGUCACACCGCUUCCAGAUCUCCCACGCGGUCCAGAAAUCUGAAAUUCCUAGCAUCUCUUCGGUAGAUGAGUCUGAGUUAUCAGUACAAAAGCACGCAAACGAGGAGGCGUCCUCAGAAGACUCUCCCCAAAACGAUCCAGACCAGCCAGCCUGCGAUGGAGACACAGAAAAGCAGCCUGGAACCUCUGCAAGUGAGAGUGACGAAGAGCAUUCUGAUGAUGUCACCCAGAUCGAGCCACCUUCAGCGCGAGAGAGUGACCAAAUCCCGGUAUGGAGCUCUGUGGACCCAAAUCUGCAGGAGAAUUUGCAGGGGACAGGAGAGUCUGAUCAGAGUUCAGAGGUGGACACUAUUUCCUCGAAGGAUCAAGAUUUGAUAGAAGAAAGUCCCUGUUCAUCGCGUCACACCGUGUUGCAAAUGUCAGGAAGUGAAAUGACAACAGCUAUUCAAGAGGAACAAAAGCCCUUAAAUUCUCAAGAUGCAGAUGCACCUCAAGUUGAAAGCAGACCUCUGGAGAGCUCAGUCAUAGCAGUACCACCGGCGAAAGGAAGUGCAAUGGAAUACGAGCAGCAGAAUCUGUCUGCUGGUGAUAUCAGAGAGGAAGCACCUCAACAGCCGAGUCUGACGAGCUCGGGUCCAGUUCAGCAACCAUCAGGCCCACUUUGUUCAGCUGAGGACGAGGCAAGAGGAGGAUCAUUGGACACGUGUGGGACCAAGAUGGAGACACCUGGGCACACUCCUCCUGAAUUACAGCAAAGUCACCAGAACGCAGCACUGGCAACGGAGAUGGAAAAACCGACUGAAUCACAAAAUGAUCCGGGAUGCACUGCAGAGCAGUCAGGUGAAACUCACACAGAACAAAGUGAGCUCGAAGCAGACGUUGGCUCUAAGGACCAGUGUAAAGAGACAAUGGAAGCAGACAGAGAAGAAAAUGGACAGAACAGCAGCAGACAAGACGACGAAACAAAUUCAGAUGCGGAACAUCCCUUUUCUGAAUCCAAGGACCCGUCUUGUAGAGAAACUAACAGCCCAACCCCACCCAGCACACAAAGGUCACAAGGUGAACCUGCUGGGGCGUCCACGGACUCCGUAAUGACAAAGGCACUUCCAGACGUCACGGCAGAGCACGGCCAGGAUGAGGCCAUCAAAGUGUCGGCUACACUUGGGAACCAGGAAUCAAGUGACACUGCGGAAUAUAAACUUCGCAAGACAUCCACCUCCAGAACCACAGUGCCCAGAAGACUGUCGGAAGACAUGUUCAAAGAGCCAGAAAGCACCAGAUACAGUGGUCCCACUACUGUUAUCUCCUCCAGCAGUUCUGCCACCAACUACAAAGGUGGUACCAGAGCUACCAUGCCUGUUCAGGGUACUGAUGAAGGCCACGACACUGACCGCCACAGCACUGAGCACAAAGACUCUUCGAAACGCUUUGGCCUCUUUCGUAGGUUUCGGGGCGACCAUGCCACGAACACUGAGGGGGGCACCAAGGGCAAGACCAAGAUGACAGUGCCCACAAUACUCAUACAGGACUUCAGCGAGCAAGUGAGCGAGCAAGAAGAAAGGCUGACUGCCAAAGAGAGGAGAAAGAGAAGGAGAGAGGAGGAGAGGAGGAAAAAAGAGGAGGAAAAGGCACGGAAGAAGAGAGAGAAGGAACUGGAGAAGGAGAAAGGAAAGGAGAGGAGGAAACCUCAGACGAGGGGGAAGAGUUUCCAGCUACACAGCAGCGGCAAGACUGACCGUGUCGUUCCUUCCCUGGGGAACAACUCUAAUACUCUAGUUUCCAAGCGAAACUCUGCUCCAUAUUUUGAUACUUAUUUCUGAUGGGGUGGGUGGCACUAAGUAUGGAAGGGACAGACUGUGAAAUGGCUUAAUACUUAAAAAUGUUGAAAAAAAUAGGUGACUUUUUCCUGACUCUUUUUCAAAACUGACAAAAAAAAACAGAAAUGUAUAUAAAAUGUAAAUAAAACACAU